AUGGCUACUCUCCUUCAUUCUGCCCCAUUGAUGAGUUUGUUUGUUACAGUGGCUCAGAGCCAAGACAGUUGUGAGUGGCUUAGAGCCAAGACAGUUGUGAGGCUGCUGACAUUGCUACAAACCAAACAAGUCCUGACUGAGCCAGUGUGGAGCACUAAGACUGUAUAUUGGUGGUGUCGGACUCACGGCUACUCUCCUUCAUUCUGCCCCAUUGAUGAGUUUUGGCUUAGAGCCAAGACAGUUGUGAGGCUGCUGACAUUGCUACAAACCAAACAAGUCCUGACUGAGCCAGUGUGGAGCACUAAGACUGUAUAUUGGUGGUGUCGGACUCACGGCUACUCUCCUUCAUUCUGCCUCAUUGGACCUGAAAAUACUUCGGAUAGAAACAGAAGGCAUAUUGAAAUACUAAAAGAAAAAACUCCACCUACAAAAGUGCUUGAGUGGUUGGCCUCUGUUAGACACAAAGUAAGAACUGAAGCAGAGGAAGACGUUGACAUCCUUGGAGAAUAUCCCACAGCAAUAGUGUGUUCAGAUCCCAGCAAGAGGAAUACUACUGAUGACACAGGAGGAGGAGAUGGAAAACUACUUUGUGGACAUUCCUGGGUACAAGACAUGCACUCGUACAUUGCUACGCAGCAGGCACUCAAGCUGGGCAGUGAGCCACUAUUGGCGGGGGGCCCCCCACAGUCAGUCUCCGCCACAUUGUUGACUCAUGCGACUGUGUCACUAGCAGAGGACCUUUUGAGGCGGGGGCUGGAAGUAGCUGCUCACAGAGGAGGAGGUCGUAUUGAACCCCAAGAUAUUUGUAAAGCACUCUUCCGUCGUCCUGAGUUUGAUGUACUUACAGGAGAAGGGCUUGACUUCGACGUUAAAUUUAGUGACUACCUCCAGAAUAGACUGUCAUCGAAACCUUCUUAUUCGGACAAGUAGUCAUUAGAAUUAAUGCAUCAUUCAAAGUUUAGAGUAUUGAAGAAAAGUGAGAAAUAGCUGGCAGCUGCUUGGCACUGUACUUUACCAACAAAGUUAAGUGAGUGUAGAAUGAGAAAGCUUAUACAGGGUGUCCAAAAAAUUUGUAGCAUUCUGUACAUAACCAGAUUGUACAUACCAAAGUAAGUAAAAAAUAUCCAGUAACGUUUUUUUCCAUUUUGGCUUAGAUUGGCCAAAAAAUCAGCCAUUUUGAAAUUUAACAAAAUAAAUAAUAACUUGGAACUUAAUCAACAUUUUUUAUGUAAAGUUCACUAUCAUCAUUGACUAUUGAAUACUGGA